AGUUGCAUACUACAUAAAACUAGAAUUUCGGGUUAUUUUUGAAAGGAUUAGUCCUUACAAGUUGCGAGCACGAAUAAUAAGUCUGUGAAAAAUAACCCGUCAAAAUGUGGUUUUUGAAGGCCUUUUUAUGGACAUUAAUUGUUGGUUUUGUUUUUGCAGAACAAGUCUGGAAGAACAGCAAUGCGAUUCGAUCCAUAGAUUUACGAUCUACAUUCAUUAGGGAAACAAAUUCAUUAAUCAUCGUCAAUGAAGGUAAUGAACCUGAAAGCGUUUAUCGUUAUCAUCAACAUUUAAAUGAAAAUGAAAAGGUUGCUGAAAUACAAGCUGUAAUUAAGGAGCUUUCAAAAAAGAAGGCCCUAAUUACGAAGGUGGAUGAUGAAUCCUUUGAUAUUUUCUUGGAAACUCCCGUUCAGCCUGGUCAAAGCCUUACAAUUACUGUCCAAGCUAGUCUUAUUCAUGGAUUCCGUCCUCUUCCCGCUGCUAUUGAUCAAGAUGAUGCUCAAUAUUUGGUGUACAAGACUUCUAGGUUCCUUGAUAGUGUUUAUCCUACGGAACAACAGCGUACUCGCUUUAUACUUCCAUCUUCCGAAAUUGAGUCUUUCACAACAUUUGAAGAAUCUCCUGCUCGUAAGGGGAAUACGCUUGUCUAUGAAACUCGCUCCCUCGUUGUUCCCGGCGAUUCUGAGGAAGAAAUUCAAGUUCGUUUUGAACACACUAAUCCUCUUCCCAAUGCUCUCGACUUCAAAAUGCAAGUCGAACUUCAUGAAUAUCGCCAAAAGAUUGAUGUUUCCGAGCGAAUUAUUGUCGAGAACCGCUCUGCGAAAUUAAAGAAUCCUUUUGAUCGUGCCAGAUGGUACAUGAAGAACUUUUACAACCCCGUAUCCACUGCCAUCAACCGUUUCCUCAUCACUUUACCCAAAGACGUAAGCGAUGUUUCGUACACGGAUGAAGUUGGCAAUAUUACCACUUCCCAUAUGCGUACCGAGCCUAAACAGACCGUGUUGGAAUUGCUUCCUCGUUAUCCCGUUUUUGGUGGAUGGAAUUAUUUGUACAAUUUGGCUUGGUCGAUGCCCUACUCUACCUUUGCUAAACAAGAGGAUGAGCAAACUGUGAUUAGACUUCCUCUCACCUGGGUUCCCGGUGAGCUACUGUUUGAAAAAGCUGUCUGGUCCUAUGUUUUUCCUGAGGGUGCUACUAACGUUUCCGUGAAAAUGCCUGUAACAGUCGACUCCACAAGGGUGGAGACUGUUCACAAAUUCUUGGACACAAAAGGCCGUCAAGUUUACACUUUUGAGAGUACCAAUGUCAUUGAUGGAAGUCCAUCUCAGUUUGUAGAAAUCUCCUACAAUUUUGAUAGUUCUAUUAUGUACAUGCGUGUUGCAAUCAUCACCGUUUUAGUUUUGGUUCUUGCUACCGCCAUCUAUCUUAUUUGGGCCCCUUAAGUUUUCAUGAGUCGCUUGCUGAGCAAACAAAAACAUAAGUUCCGUCUUUUCUAUACGCAUGUAAAUGAUUUCUUUAAAUCUAUGGUAUUCACCUAUGAUGUUUCUUUAACGCUGAACUUGCUUUACAGGUUCAUGAGCUUAAUUUAUAAAAAGCUAUUUUGAAAUAAACCCGUACGUACAUUCUUUUAUAGUUUUACUUUCACUUAUAAAUGGAUCCUUCUCAAUGACUUCUUUUCCGAUCAAAUCAUCCAGUAUACGGUGUAACUUGGUCACUGAAAGCAAAUCAGUAGAAUGUCAGACAAUUUAAUGGAAUGUAUUUUGAUUUAAUGUAAUAAUAAAAUUAAAUUCUGUUGUUCAUA